UCGAACUUGUUGCAUUUUCGCGCUUUCUCACCGCUCUACAGAUUAUAAAAGUUUCAUUUUCGCGCGUUUUCCCGACAGCCGCACGUCAGAGAAACCAAAAUGCUGAGCAAGAAGGUCGCCAUUAUCGUUGCGCUGGUAGCCGCCGUGGUCUGCCUGGCCGAGGGUCGCGACGAGGGUCCUCACGACAUGGCUGACGCACUGCGCAUGCUCCAGGAGUUGGACCGCUACUACACCCAGGCUGCUAGACCAAGGAUUGACCGCCGAGAUGUCGCGGACGGCGAGCGGGUCGAUCCAGAUUUGUUAGACCGCGCCGUCAGGCUGCUUCAACUUCACAACCUAGACCGCAUUUACUCCUACCACACCCGACCAAGGUUCGGCAAACGCUCGGAAGCCUUCACAAACUGGGCUAAGGACCUCGAAAAGCCGGACUUACCCGCCUGGCUGUCUUAUGCCCGGAGGAGAUGAGUGGCGCAACAGUCACGGAAGAUACAUCACAAUUAAUUCGUGAUUCUGCUAACAUUUUAACGUUAUGUACGCAACUCAAAUAUAUUCAUAUGUCAUAGACCUGUCUUCAGAUUUCAUAAGGACUGAAUGUGUAGAUGUUAUAGCUGUUAGUAUUGGUUUUAUUAAAGUGUGCUUAAGUUUCAGCGGGUUUAGAUUGACUUUCAAUCAAUUAGUUUUUGUAACUUUUUUCCUUUGGUAAAUAAACUUUUAUGGAAACAUGUACACAUUUUUUUUAAUCUAUGCAUAAACUAAACAUAUCAUUUUGCCCUGUAGAUUUUCUAAUCUGUUUUUAUAAUUUCUUAAAAGUAGCUAAAUUUAGAUUUUCUCAUAUAUUUAGAAAAUAAGAUCUUAUUAAAUGUUAUAUAAUAUUAUUCAUAGUAAUAUUGUCAUUUUAUAAUUAUUGUAAAUGCGCAUGUCUCUCGCUCCAUAUAUCCGUCGAAAUUAGUGGAAAUUUUUAGUCCAUAAUUAAAUAAUUAGAUUAUUAUUUAAGCACACUUUAUAAUAAUUUUAAGAACUAAAUAUCUUCUUUCUUUACAGUUAUUAUAUUUCCAUGGCUUAUAAUAUUAUUGUAAUGUUUGUAAGUUGUUAGACUCUUCAUAACAUAAUUAUUCUCACCUGUAUUAAGGCGCCAUUUUGAAAUAAACAAUGUACAUCUACGGAUCAAUAUUAUUGUAAUGUUGAAUAAAUACAAGCAAUUGAGAAAACGUAAUAAUUAA